AUGGACCGCAUUGGCAAAAUCAUCUUCUAUGAGGACAGGAACUUCCAAGGCCGCUACUAUGAGUGCAACAGUGACUGCCCUGAGCUCUCAGCCUAUUUCAGCCGCUGUAACUCCAUUCGUGUUGAGAGCGGGGCCUGGGUCCUCUAUGAGCGCCCAAAUUACAUGGGCUACCAGUACAUCCUGACCAGAGGGGAGUACCCCGACUAUCAGCGUUGGAUGGGCUACAACGAUAGUGUCAAAUCCUGCCGUAUAAUCCGAAAUAUUUCUGGCGUGUUCCGUAUUCGCCUGUAUGAGAAUCCUGACUUCCAGGGCCAGAUGAUAGAGUUCUCUGAGGAUUGGCCCUCUCUGUAUGACCGCUUCCGUCACCGUGAGGUCCACUCCUGCAAUGUACUGGAAGGUGCCUGGGUCUUCUACGAACAUCCUAAUUACAGGGGCCAGCAGUACCUCCUGGAGAGGGGCGAAUACCGCCGCUACACUGACUGGAAUGCCGUGCACCCUGGUGUAGGCUCCAUCCGCCGUGUUCAGGAGUUUUAG